AGUUUUCAUUUAAUCAUUGGGUACGAAAGUCGUCUAGAUUUCAUUUAAAAUUUUAAAAUGGUUGAAGAUAAAAUUAUUGACAAAGCUCCAGUCACGUUAAAGGAACAAAAAGUUAAUGAUGUGAAGAUUAAAAAUUCAUUAAACAGUGAAUCAGAUAAAGCAACACAGCCACCAGAAUCUGCUGCUGAAACUGUCUUGGAUCCGUCUUGUGAUGAGAAAAAUCCUCGAAUUAUUUCAUUUCAAGAUGUUUGUCAAGCAGCUUUUAUGAUUAAAGGUGGAAUUGAUUUCACGCCAUGUCGGAGAUCUCAUUUAUCUGAACAAAGUGGAAUAGAAAUUUUUUUGAAGAAGGAAUUCCAACAAUACACUGGCAGUUUCAAAGAACGAGGUGCUCGAAACUUUCUACUUCAUUUAACACCAGAACAGAAGAAAAAUGGAGUUGUGUCAGCUUCUCUUGGAAAUCAUGCUUUGGGUUUAAGUUAUCAUGGAAUGAAACUUAAAAUACCUGUGACUGUUGUCAUGCCAAAAGAAGCACCAAUUAUGAAAGUUCAGAAAUGUCGAAGUUUUGGUGCACACGUCUUAAUUCAAGGUGAAGACAUGGCAGCAGCAAAGAAAAUUGCUAUGGAAAUUUCAAGAGAUAAGAAAACUCCAUACGUAAAUGGUUACGAUCAUCCAUUAAUAAUAAGUGGACAAGGAACGAUUGGCCUUGAAAUUGUUGAACAAUGUGAAGGUGCUGAUGCCAUAGUUGUUCCAGUCGGAGGUGGUGGAUUGAUAGCAGGAAUUGCGACAGCAAUAAAAACUCUAUCACCUCAAACUAAAAUUAUUGGGGUUGAAAGCAACAAAUGUCCAUCAUUUUCAAAAGCAUUACAACAUGGAGGUCCGGUUUAUACGCCCAAUCUAGCAACAUUAGCCGAUGGUCUUGCAGUUCCAAAAGUAGGAUGUAACGCAUACGCAACCGUAAAGCCUCUUUUAGACAGAAUGAUUGUUGUAAAGGAAGAGUGGAUUGCUUUAGCUAUUCUACGUUUAGUGGAAAUGGAAAAAUGUGUUGUUGAAGGCGCAGGUGCAGCUGGUUUGGCUGCAAUACUUGCUGGUCAAUUGGAUGAAUUCAAAGGAAAAAAAGUUGUGUUACUUGUUUGUGGAGGGAAUAUUGACACCACAACAUUCGGACGUUGUUUGGAGCGAGGAUUAGCUGCUGAGGGACGAUUAAUGAAAUUCAACGUUACUGUCAGUGAUCGACCAGGUGGAAUUACUGAACUUUGUCGUCUUAUUUCAUCUAUUGGCGUUACUAUUAAAGAUAUAAUGCAUGAGAGAGCUUGGCUUAAAGAUAUUUACUGUGUUGAAGUGAAAUGCGUUGUCGAGACUGCAGAUUUUGAUCACAGUCAACAAUUGAAGAAGAAACUGAUGGAAAAUUACAAAAAUGUAUUUUUCAACGAGCCUUCGUUUGCUAUUCAUAAGUCAGCAGCUUUUUAAAUCUUCUACAUUCGACUGCAUAAAUACCUAUUUUAUUAAUUUUUAACAUGUAAAUUAAAGAGUUAUAUUUGUCGUGGUAGAAGAUUAUUAAAUAUGUUUAUUCUAACGUCUUUGAACAUUAUUAAAAAAUAUUAAUUUCAGUCUCUUCUGAUUACGAAUUAAUAAAAUAAGGGAAAUAGAUAUGAAUCAAAGGAAAAAUAUGAAUUUUAUAUCAAAUAUGUUAAGCAUUUAAAUAAAUUUCGUGGUAAGAACCUUUUCUAGCCAAAUGUUUUUUGCACAUUGGGCAAAUCUUUUUCUGCAUGAAAGCUUCUUCGAGGCAGGAGCGACAGAAAAGGUGUCCACAUAUGGUCGAGACAGGUUUUCGAUCAACGACUGAUUCAAAACAAAUUGGACAAGUUAUCUUUGCUUUCUUGUUUGAAAUCUCUUCAUGAGAGUCAUCAAAAUUUAAUCGUUUAGAAACUGUCUUAAGUUCAUCAUUCACUAGAACAAUUGCAUCAUUUCCUAAUGCAAUGUUACGAGGGCGACGUCUAGACGGACCUGGUUUCAUAUCUUGUGAAUCAGGUAUAACGAUGACAGAAUUAUCAUUCAAAGCUAAUUGAUGUGAUUGGAGUGUUUGAUCACAUAAAUCGAUAGUUUCAAUAUGCUGUGGAAUGAGGAUGACGUCAUCAUCUUCAUCAUCACAGUCGUUGGUCUUAUGUGAAUUAUUUAGAGCUUGUGCUACGGCUUCAAGAUCUGGAGCUACUAUGGAGCUAUCCACUAUGUCAUGAUCAAAACUGUAUUGCUCUGUAUCGCUUGAAUGAUUACUACUCAUAUUCCACAGUUGCUUGAAUAUCCUGAUACAAAUUUUCGAUGAUGAUGAGAAGUAAUUCGUCAUAUAAUAAAUUGUUUAAUUGAUCUUGAACUGAACUGAUUACUUUGCUUUCGAAAAAUAUAUGUAAGCUCCUUGAUUUACUGAUAUUUCUUUUCAAAUUAGACUCAAUAACGAUUAUAAAGUCUUUUUGGGAUUAAAUAACAAAAGCUCUCUGAAAUAAUUGAAAAUGAAAAAAUUA